AUGGUCCCCUUUGCAAGAUGUGGCCCCCCAGGGUCCCCAAAUUGGGCAGCUAGUGUGGCUCAGAAAGCGACAGAGAUAUGUGUUUGUCACGUUCUUCCCAGGAUCUCAUCUAUGGAGAGGUCCCUUACAGUCCUGCAAGUGAGCCUGUACCACCCUACACAGGGCCCGGUCGCCUUUGCCCAAGUCCCACCGCAGCUGCAGCAUGAUGCCAGCCGGCUGCUGGUUGGGCGAGGGCAGGACGCCCACCUCCAGCUGCAGCUGCCACAGCUGUCCCGCCACCACCUGUCUUUGGAGCCGUACCUGGAGAAAGGCAGCCCUCUGUUAGCCUUCUGCCUCAAAGUUCUGACUCGCAGGAGCCGCGUGUGGAUCAAUGGGCUGCCACUGAGGUACCUGGAGCAGGUCCCCCUGAGCACUGUCAACAGAAUCUCCUUCUCUGGCAUCCAGAUGGUAGUCCACAAAGAGGGGGGCACCUCCCUCGAGGCCUUUGUCUGCUACUUCCAUGUCAGCCCUUCACCCUUGAUUUACAGACCGGAGGCCCAGGAGACAGAUGAAUGGGGAAGCCUUGUUAAGAAAGAGACACCCCCUGUUUGGGGGGAAGCAACUCAUGGUAUCCUGGGGUCUCUCCAUGGUCCCUCCCAGACUCAGACGGCUGUUUCCCACCAACCCCUAGAGGAGCAACAAAAGCAAAGCUCCAGAGGCCGCUCCGAGACACCCCACCCCACCAGCCCUGAUGCUGAGAGCUAGCCCUAACUAAAACAUGGCUGAAAUAUUUGAGCUACAUCGUUGUGCGAAGUUGAUGCACAAAGUUCGCAUGCACGGCCAGCCACCCUGCCCACAGGGAAAUGUUUCUGUGAACUUUGAGCAGCCCAGGGGUAGAGAAGCGCCCUCCCCAGCUCUGGGUAAUGAGAACGUCAUACACUUUUAGAGGCCCUGAGGGGUUCUGGGGAGCC